CAAUCGUUAUACAUGCUGUCCGGUUUCGAAGCGUUUCAAGUCGAAGGCCAGGCAGCUAGCUCCUUUGCGUUGAGAAAUCAUUUAUUUUGUUAUCAAUCUGUCCUCUUGACAACCCAGUUAUUUGUUCUCAAGUUUGAAAGAUCAUAAAUUAGAAUAAAGAUGCCGGCCAAAGGUUCUGCUAUGAAGGGAGAAAAGAAGGCCGUGAAGUCUUCCAAGGCGAUGGCAUCCCGAUCAGGGGAUAAGAAGAGAAAGCGAAGGAGGAUGGAGUCGUACAACAUAUACAUCUACAAAGUCCUAAAACAAGUUCACCCCGAUACGGGUAUAUCAAGCAAAGCCAUGUCAAUCAUGAACAGCUUUGUUAAUGAUAUCUUUGAAAGGAUUGCAGCAGAAGCCUCAAGGUUGGCUCAGUACAACAAGAAAAGCACCAUUAGCAGUAGGGAGGUACAAACAGCUGUUCGCCUCCUACUUCCCGGUGAAUUGGCCAAACACGCCGUAUCAGAGGGCACCAAAGCGGUUACCAAAUACACUACGUCGCGGUAGAGAUGCGGUCAUUUCGAACAGCUCCGGUCGCCACCGAAGUCAGAAGAGCGAUUGAAUCCAUAUCGAAUGAAUCGCUGAGGCAAUAACGGAGAUAAAACAUGCUGCAUCUAUCAACUAAUUUGUUCGGUGGUCAAUCAUUUUGACGAUUAAUAUCGUGAAAUAUUAAAGGAUCGUGUCACUUGAGCUAGUUGUUGAAAAUAACAUCACAUGCUGCUAUGUCGGGAUAUGAGCAACGCUUGUCUUUCAUUAUUCCAUCUUUUGAUAGAGUUGUUUCUGUUUAUCAAAUGAUUUCGGUUUAUAGUCAAGGAUAUACAUUAAGUACGCCAUCUUAAUAUUUUAAAAUGUUUGAUAUUCAUUUGUAGAAAUAAAGUAAUAUUGAAAAACGGUAUGCAUUUUGUAGGGUGGGUUCGUAAUAACAUGUCCUACGGAAUCGCAAAAUUGUAGUUAUUGGCAUAACAGACACUUAUCAAAAAAUGCACACUUUGGGCCAAAGAAAACGAUAGAUCUAUAUCAGAGAACCAAAUGAUCCAGUCUCUUGUCCUUCAACGGGUAUAUUUGUUUGAUUGAUACUUUCAGUUGAGUAUUUUAUCAUAAUAUAACUUACUAGUGUAUUCGUUCCUGAGAUUAAUACCAUACGAAGUUAUGAAUUUGAGAACGAUGUUUAGUUAAGAUUUUUCAAAGGUCCAGCCCCACCCCCCCCAAAAAAAAUCAUUUGAGUAAACAGCGAAAACCAGAAAACAUACUUGUAGCACUGAAAAUGACAAUUGGAUGUAAAAUUAUUCGCAUUUUAAAGUCUUGUUUUUCCAUCAUAAACCCGUUUUGUGCAUGUCCUGGUCAGUAUGCAAAUGAUGUCACAUCCUUACUGUAUACUAUAUGAAAUAUCGGGUGUUCAUUAUGAAAUAGUGUUUUUACAUUUUCCACUGGGAAUCAAACUGUGUAAAGGGGUGGGUGAGAUAGAUAUCUCGUAUUCAUUCAAUGGAAUAGAAAUGAAAUAGUAUGUGACGUCAUCGUUUCCGUCACUUGCAUACCAUUCAUGAUAUAAGCAUAUAAAUGUCUUGUGAAAUAACCCCCCCCCUUAAAAAAUCAAAAUGUUCUAAUUUGUUUCAUUCGAUUUUCUUGGAAAGCUUAAAGUUAUACUUCGAUUUUCUUUAUUACUGGAUGGACAUGCCCUUCAAUGCAGCAGUGACUAUAUUCUGGGGGAAAAAAAUCAGUAUGUUCUGUUUGUACUUGUUUAUCUUCUAAUUGUAUCUGAUAUCAAUCCUGCGCUGAGACCAGUUCAGUCACUGUUUACUGUUUUAUCGACUAUUCUAGCGAAGAUAUAGCGGAUCUGAAUCAAGUGACAAAAUAGAGUUAGUAAUAUAGAGAGAGGACAUUCAUCUAAUAUAAACGAUGAUCUUUAGUAGAUGUUGAAACAUUUUCGAGAACAGAUCGAUAUUGCGAACGUUGCUCAAAGAAGUACCCUAAAAUACUGCAAAGCCCUCGAACGGGACCGUUGUACAAGACGAAACCCUCACUAAUGAAAAUUCUAUGUCACUAUAAUUUGGACCAUUUAGCUCUAUGACUGAUAUCACGAUAUAACAUUAAGUUACUGAGUAGUGUAAAAUUCAAGUCUGAAAAUUUAUCGGACACUUUGCUUAAUCAUUAGACUUUCCAUAACCAUUCCCGUUUAAUGAGAAAUAUAUGCAUUGAUGGUAUCAAAAGCAUAACGAAUUUAUGAUUUAGAAACAACUAAUAUAUACUACUUAAUGUAGAACACGAAUCCUCACAAAGUUAAUGGCAUGGGGCUAAGAAAUUUCCAAUGAUUUUUCCAUUAGUAGUUUCUAAGAUAUAUGGAUACUUUUUUAAUAAGUUGUAGACUCUAUAGAUGUAUCGUUUAGUAUGUGUAUGUGAAAAAAAAAUCUUUAAAAAUUUGAUGUUUAUGUGUGAAAUUGUUCAGUUAUCGUAUGUUUCUGUUUUGUGGAGUUGAUUUUCAUUUUUGUUAAUUAAAUGCUCUAAGGCUUUA